AUGGCCAGGAACGUCAAGCUGGGCGUCAUCAUCUCUGCCAGCAUCCUGGUCGUAAGCGUCGUGGUGGUUGGUGCUCUCACGUAUAUCAACAGCUACCCGCCAGCCAUUCUGCUACUCGGCAAGGACGUGCUCUACUCCAAGGAACUGCUAUCGGAGAUCUACUUCCGGCCCUACGUGCACAUUGGUCCAUAUCUGAUAGGCUCACUGGUGGCCUGCCUGUACCUCAAGCGCCAGCACAUUCGCCUCCCACCCUUCCUGGAGCUUCUGGGCUGGCUAGUGUGCGUGGCGACCGGUGCCUACGUCAACCUGGUGACGGUGACCUGGGAGGACGGCCGCUAUCCGAGUCCGCUCUGGUCGAGCGCUUACGCCGCUCUUCACCGGGUGCUGUGGGCAGCCUGCCUCGGCUGGGUGGUCUACGCGUGCGCCAUUGGCCGAGGAGGGAUCAUCAACACCAUCCUAUCUUGGAAACCUCUAGUUCCAGUUAGCCGCAUCUCAUUCACUAUUUAUGUUGUACACAUAUACGUUAUUUACCUCAAGUUAUGGACCAUUCGGGAACGAUUAAGCCCCGACCAUUUUCAUGUGUUCAUGUCGGCCAUCUCCAACUUCGUGGUGGCCGUAAUACUGGGUUUCGUGGCGUCUGUCGUGGUCGAAAAGCCCAUCGUCUGGUUCUGGGACAACGUGACCGGCUCGCACAAGCCGCCCCGUGUCAGUCAGCACGUCGUCACCAAGCAGCCGCCGCAAGAAACUGCAAGCCCAGCCACGAACGGUGUCAAGAAGGAGCCCGUGUAG